UCUGCAAAAUGAGAAUGUCCUCCCUCUCUCUCUCUCUCUUUCUCUCUGCAUAUAAAUGUAUGUAAAGUUGAAUGAAUGAGGGAGGAGUCGCAUCUCAUUGAUUCCCGACUCUACUUUCUCCUCCGCCCUCCCAUCUUCUUCUCUCUAAAUCGGUCGUCAGCAGCAAAGUGUAUUGCGGUGACUUGAAAGUGUCGUUGGUGCGGUGGAGUGUCGCAAACAGAGAGUAGACGCUGCGGCGGCGGUCGGCUCUUAUCCGAGUUGUGUUUUAAAGUGGUAUUUUCCUAAAGAAGAAGAAGAAGAAGAAGAAGAAAGAUAAUGGACAUUGCACAUUUCUUGUUUGGUAUUUUUGGAAAUGCAACUGCUUUGUUCCUCUUCUUGGCUCCAACGAUCACAUUCAAGAGGAUCAUAAAGAGUAGGUCGACAGAGCAGUUUUCUGGCAUUCCUUACGUAAUGACUUUGCUCAACUGCCUCCUUUCUGCUUGGUAUGGUCUUCCAUUUGUGUCGAAAAACAACCUUUUAGUAUCAACGAUAAAUGGGACAGGAGCAGUGAUAGAAGGGAUUUAUGUCUUGUUGUUUCUGAUAUUUGCUCCGAAGAAGGAGAAGGCUAAGAUAUUUGGGCUUCUGGUGCUCGUGCUUUCUGUCUUCUCCACUGUGGCUUUGGUGUCUUUGCUUGCCCUUCAUGGCACCACCAGAAAGCUCUUUUGUGGCCUUGCUGCCACCAUUUUCUCCAUUAUCAUGUACGCGUCUCCUCUGUCAAUUAUGAGGUUGGUGAUUAGAACAAAGAGCGUGGAGUUCAUGCCUUUCUUCUUAUCACUGUUUGUGUUCUUGUGUGGUACUUCCUGGUUUGUGUACGGUCUUCUUGGUCGUGACCCUUUUGUUGCUAUUCCAAAUGGGUUUGGGUGUGCACUGGGGACAGCGCAGCUCAUAUUGUAUUUCAUAUACCACAAGAAUCAAUCUGCGGCAGAGAAAGCAAGUGAUGAGAAAUGUGUGGAGAUGGGUGCUGGCAAUGGCAAUAGCAAUGAAAGCAACCCUGCCGGGAGAAUCUCGGCUGUUUAGGUCUUCUACUUUUUCUUCUUUUUGGUGGGUAAGAUUUUGCCCAUUCGAGUUUCUGAAAGAUGGGUUUCUUGUAUUGCAGAAAAAAGGGGGGUUUUCAUAUCUAGAAUUCCUUUUAUGUAAUCUUCACCUUUUAAACAUAUACAUAUAUGUGUGCGUACGUGUGCAUGCUAAUUUGUUCUUCCUGAUUGGAAACUGUUAUACUUUCAUA